UAUGACGGCGGCUCCUAAACAACAGGACCUGUGCAUGUCGUGAGCUUAAAGACGUUACAUUUCCGCGGGUUUUAACAGCCGUUCCUCUGGAAGAUAGAGACGGCUUUUGAGCAUCAGGAGACUCUCAUCUUCAGGGUAAUUCAGCGGGUAAUGCAAGCAGCUGAUUUCAUCAUCGCCUUAAAUUACAGGAAGGCUUCCAGAAGAAAACACAUCGCCUCAUAGAUCUGCAGCUCGUUUUUGUCAGUCAAACCAACAGCAACUGAUGGCAACUGGUGCCAAGAGACCCUCCCUGCAGGGUCCCGUGCCCCCUCCUCGCAAGAAGACGACCCCCAAACCGGAGCUGACCGAGGAGCAGAAGCAGGAGAUCCGGGAGGCCUUCGAGCUGUUUGACACCGAUGGAUCCGGAUACAUCGAUGUCAAGGAGCUCAAGGUUGCCAUGAGGGCUCUGGGGUUUGAACCGAAGAAAGAGGAGAUCAAGAAGAUGAUUGGGGACGUGGAUAAGGACGGCACAGGGAAGAUCUCUUUCGCUGACUUCCUCUCUGUCAUGACGCAGAAAAUGGCCGAGAAGGACUCCAAAGAGGAGAUCCUGAAAGCGUUCCGCCUAUUUGACGACGACGAGACGGGAAAGAUCUCAUUCAAGAACCUGAAGAGGGUUGCGAAGGAGCUGGGAGAGAACCUCACAGAUGAAGAGCUGCAGGAAAUGAUCGAUGAAGCAGACAGGGAUGGAGACGGAGAGGUGAACCAGCAGGAGUUCCUGCGCAUCAUGAAGAAAACUUGUCUGUACUGAAGGACGUAAAUAACACUGCGAUCGGUCGGUGUGAAGUGGUCCAGUGGUGGUUUCUCACGUGAUGCUGCUCAUAUAUCAAAUGUAGCUUUCCUUAUUAUUGUGUUUUGGGCUUUCAGUUCCACUCCUAAAGAAUCAAUCAAAUAGCCGGCAUGUACCACACUCACAGAAAGUUGUGUAAGACUUGUGGUCAAAAUGCCCAAAUAUCAUCCACUGAUUUACAUGGUAAUUUACAUACAUCAAAAAACGGAAGAGAUCCCUCGCUUUCUUGCUUGGAAUUCUACAUACUUUCCUGAAAAGCGCAUUCCUAAUAUUAAGGACAAUAUGUAGGUGAUUCAUUGUCAAGUAUUCUCAGUUUCUUCCCACAGCACAUUUCAAUGCUUUGAGAAUACAGUGCGCGUUACAUUUGGUUUACGCGGUGACUUCAGUGGCUCAUGCUUCAGUAACCUGCUGUCUCACCUCGGUUCUACAUGUGGAAAAAAAUAUGACUCGGUGUUUUGUUUUUUUGUUGCAUUGAUUAUCCCUCGGUGCAUAACUGUGUAUAAUAGACAAAAUACGCUGUACUCUUGAAUGUUUUGUAAGAUGAAGUGAUUUUAAUGUGUAGAUAAACAGCAUAUACGUGUUUUAAAGUACAAAUUAAAUAUCUUGAAGCAGU